GCAAUCAGUUACACAUUGUAAGCGAUGUAUAGUCCAGUCAUCCAGUCAGCUAUUUCAACCAAUAUACAUCAAAAAAUUGUAGCAAUCGAAAUGAAAAAGCAAAUCACUCCGAUACGAUAAACUCUUAAACAAUUUCCUAUUCUUCUCGGAGCCCCGUGUUUGUGUUUGCACAUGACAGACACUUGGUACGAACAUAAUCUGGUGUACAGUUUUCUUUCAAUUUUUUUAAAUUUUCAUUCUGUUUUCUCAGUACAACGAGAAAAAAAAGAAAAUUCAUUAGAAUCAAAUCAAUUUUAUAUACUUCAAUGACAGAGUUUAAGUUACAUACGCAUUGUGCAGUGAAUUCAGACUGAAUAAUAACGCACAAGGUAUUAGUGAACCAAAAGUGGAUACUCAUAGAAUGUCGACAGAAUAUUUACUUUGAAUAGAGAAACCAUAUAGGUUGAGGCUGACUGUGAAUACUCAGAAUGGAUAUUGUUGUGCGCCGACAAUCAGAACAAUUAAGCCGAAGACAGUUAAGACAUCUCUCGGAGUCGAUGGACGAUGAUGAUGACAAUGAUAAAGCAAACAAUAAGAAGUUUCGUGAAAUCUACGAUUAUCGCCGAUGGGAAUGGGGCAAUUUACGGACGGAAUGUAAAAACUUGGGCCUAGAAACGUUUUAUCGAACGUACGUGCAACGAUUGCAGCGCAGUUAUUUGUCGGUGUUUUUUGUGAUGCACACCAUAGUUGGUAUGGCUCAUACAAUUGUUUUAGUUGCAACACAGAAAUCAGCGCCAAUUAGUCCGGAAGUGUAUUGUAACUUGGCGAGCAUAAUUGUUGUGUGGGUGUCAUUGAUAUCGUCCUUCAAUGAGCAUUUAAUUAAAAAACAAACUUGGAUACCAAAUUUCGGAUCGGUGGCAACCGUCAUUGGUCUGGUUAUGUUGGAUAUCAUCGUACCAUUGUACCAUUCUGUGAUAACACGUGUGAUACUGCGGCCCAGCUAUGAUGCUUACACCAUUUUUGCAAUUUACAUAUUCUUGCCACUGCCCGAGAAUUUGCACAGCGUCAUUUUGGCAAUGGCAACCACAUUUAGCUAUUUACUGGUGACACAUGUUAUGACUUAUCGUGUAGACGAGCAUGCCGUAAUCAAAACAUUCACCGAUUUGGUGUAUUUGCUCGCUGUCAAUUUCUUUGGAGUGUAUGUACGUUUGCAGAAUGAGGUGGCAAUCCGAAGGGCAUUCCUUGACCGCAGAGAAUGUGUCGAAGGGAAUUUGCUGUUGCGGUAUGCUCGAGAUCAAGAAAAAAAUUUACUGCUAAGCAUUCUGCCAGCGCAUACGGCAUCCGUGCUUGAGAAAGCCAUCCGUGGCAUGAUUGAGAAAAUUCGACAAGAGAAACACGAAUCAACACAGGAAUUAAAUGCCAAGAGCCUCGAUAUUCCGAUACCGAGACGUCAAUGGCGUGGACAACCAAUCAAACUUUAUAUUGAGCACCAUAAAAGCGUCAGCGUACUUUAUGCCGACGUUGUGAAUUACACAUACAUCACGACUCAGCUACCGGUUAAAACGUUGGUCGACGUUUUACACGAACUAUUCGUUAAAUUCGAUCAGGCUUCCGAGGAGUACAAUGUUCUGCGCAUAAAAUUCUUGGGGGAUUGCUACUAUUGUGUGAGUGGUGUUCCAGAACCGAAUCCACAGCAUGCGAGGAGUUGCGUUGACUUGGGGCUACGAAUGAUUCGUGACAUUCGUGAGGUACGCGCCCAACGAAACAAUCUGAAUAUUGAUAUGCGAAUUGGCGUUCAUUCGGGCUCAAUAAUGUCGGGUGUGAUUGGCGCCUGUAAAUGGCAGUAUGACAUUUGGUCGAAGGAUGUGAGCAUUGCAAAUCGAUUGGAAACAACUGGAGUGCCAGGCAAAGUUCACAUCACUCAGCAAACACUUGAAUUAUUAGAAGACCAAUACUUUUUCGAACCGGGCACGGAAAUGGCAAAAAAAGAUCCCGUCCUCAUCCGAAAUAACAUUGAAACAUUUUUGAUAUCACCGCAGUACUAUGGUGGUGAUUUUCACUAUUACAGUCCGGACGAGCUGAACCGAAGGUAUUCGUCUGGCGUAAAACGAAUGAUGAGCCGGUCAACACGCAAUAAUAAGAAACUAUUCAUUGACUGUACGCUGCAUCGAAAUUACAUUGGCAAAAAUUUUAUGCAAAAUUCGAUGGAACAGUAUAUGCAAAUCAUGAAACAAACCAAUACCGAAAUGGCACUGGAGCUGGACCGAAUGCCGAUUGGAAAAUUCCAUUUCAAUCACUUGUUUUCGAGUCGUCGCCGUGAUAGCUGCGAGGAUGCCGAAUACGAGCGUUCGUCAUUCAGCAGUAAGGUCUCGACAAUUCUAUUGCGAUUUCGCAAUAAAAAGUGGGAGAUGUCUUUUUUACAUGAACAAGAUUUAAUGCUCAAGUACAGCACAUUCAUGUGCUUCAUCGUUUUCAUUGGAAUCAUCGUGGCGCAGGCACUGAAUAAUCCUGACGGUUGGAGCUAUUGGAUGUUGAAUGCAGUCGCUUUUUUAGUUUUACUUUUCUUCUUAGCGAUAACUUGGUUUAAAAAAAUCUGGAUAUUGUUAAGGCCAAUAAACGAAGACGAUCCAAACUUGAUUGAAUUGCCAACCAACCCAUUUUUGAGAUACUUAUUCAAUACAUCGAAGAGUGUCAUGAGCAAUGCUGUGGCUAGAAUGCUGAUUUAUUUUGUGUCAGUCUGCGUGCUUACGCUCAGCGCCUUAAUUCAUUUAAUUGGAUGCGAUGUAGCUAACGAAUGUACCGAUGAGGAUAGUGAAGUGGAUGUCGUUGUGCCACCUAAAUAUUCACCGUGCUCAAAUCAAUGGGGCAUCACGCAGAGUUUAAUUAUGGCCAUUUGCACUAACUUUUUGUUUGUUCGCAUCCAUUUUGUCCUGAAAUUGGUUGUUGGCAGCUUAAUUGUCGGCUUUUAUUCAUGGAUAAUUUUUGGUCCAUAUGAUUUUUUGUUUGAGAACGGGCCAUCGAUAAGCGCUUCUCUAGAUGCAAGAGUUGGACACAUCCUCAUUGUUAUCUUCAUUACGGCCUCUUUGCACAUGGUUGACAGACAAACUGAAUACAUUACUCGGGUUGAUUACACAUGGAAACAACAACUUCAGCAGCGUCAAGAGGAAUCAGAAUGUACGAAAGACACCAUUCGAAUAUUAGUGCAAAAUAUUUUGCCAGCGCACGUAGCUGAAAUUUACAUGAACCGUCAAAUGAAGGACGAAUUGUAUUACGAGGAGUAUGAUAAUGUUGCAAUUAUGUUUGCAACCAUCACCAACUAUGACAUCCAGUCUGAUGCGACAGCGGAUAUUGAACGAAAUAUUUUAAGCAUAUUAAACCGGAUUAUUUGUGAUUUCGACGAAAAGCUAUUAUCGAAAACUGGCCCAUUGAAAUUAGAAAAGAUUAAGGUAUCGGGCUGGACGUAUAUGGUGGCAUGCGGAUUGGAUCCAGGCCGUAGUGAUUCAUCCGGAUCAAACAGUGGCUGCAGUUCGCCCAAUCAACGUACGUCAUUACUGUCGAAUGGCCGUAGGAGUUGGAAUACAUUCAAUUUCACUGUACCAAAAAGUCCAAAGAAAAAUCCAAGAUACGAUCCAUCGAAGCGAGAACGAAAACAGAGCGGCAGACAAUCGCAGAAUGUUGUUUACGUAUUAACCGAAUUCGCACUUGAGCUUAUGCGAAUACUUGAGGCAUUUAAUACGGAGAACUUUCAAAGUGAUGGAAAACUGCGAAUUGGAAUCGCUCACGGCAAAGUGAUGGCAGGCGUGGUCGGUUCGAGUAAGCCGCUUUAUGAUGUAUGGGGCAACGCAGUCAAUAUGGCGAGUCGAAUGGAUAGCACGGGUAUUCCGGGUAAAAUACAGCUUACCAAAGAAUCAGCGGAAGAAUUACAAUCGUUCGGCAUUCGCUGUAAAUAUCGUGGUGAAACGUUUAUUAAAGGCCGUGGCAACAUACCGACCUACUUUGCGCUCAUUAAUGAACAACUCGAAUUCGUGAAAGAACCACAACCAGUGGAAUUACAUCACUUCGAUACACAUUUUUAGCAAAUAAGUAGUUCAUCAUGAUUAUUUCUUCGAUGAAGAGCAUUUAUUAGAUUUAUUUUAACUUGCACAAUUGGACGAACGAAAUGAGAACGAGAAGGAGAAAAAAGGAGAGAUGCGUAUUCCUUGUCAAUCUGAUAUAUUGAGAACGGAAGGCAAAGAAGUAAAAAAAAAUAUGUUUUAU